AUGGACACAUGGGCCGAGCUCAUCGAAAAAAGAAAGGUUAUCUUCGCGACACAAGAGAUGAACGAGAUGCAGCGUACCGAGCUCGACACAGAACACUCAAUAGCUACAAGAGCUGUGUCCCACCUGCCGAUACUCCAAGGGCUGGUUUACGAAUCGUUGAAAAAAAACACGCCCUUCUAUCAUCCUCUUAUGGCCAAUAUGUUCCGACAGGUGGAGGAGUGUCGUAGGAGGUUGAUCCUGGCUGGUUUUAUUUACGAAGAACCCAUCCCGCCUUGGUCCCAGCCGGUCGUCGAAGGCGACGUCCCUGAUACGAGCCAGCCUGCAAAUGAGCCCCCACUCUUUCCACCCCGUUCACCCAGCACGUCGCGCCCAAAUACCCCAGAGGUCGUUGAAGACAUAUGGGAUGAUUAUAAUGGCUACGAUUCCGGUGAUGAGGAAAUCGUACAUGAAGGCGAUCUCGAGGAUAAUCUUCCCAGCAACGAGGAGUUAGGGAUACGGUAA